UGUGAAGUGAAACAUGGCAGCUGACCAGGAGACUUCAGCAAAAACCAAGGUGAUUUGUGACAAGCUUGGGGAAAUAGAAUUAGAAUGCUUUGAAAUACGAAAGAGUACCUCAGGUAAUUUUUACUCUCUGCUUAGAAUAUUAUGAUUUCAGUGGGAAAGUGGGGCAUUUCGCUUGUGGAAUCCGGAAAUUUGGAAUCCUGAAAUUAUACGGCUCGGGGAAUCCGGAAUCCCAGUAAUAAUAUAACGAAUGCAAUCGGGAAUCUAAGUUCCAAUGCCAAAGAAUGCGAAAUCCAGAACCCGAAAUCCGGAAUCCACGGCAUGGAAAUUAAGCCUGUCUAGGAUUCCCAGUUACAUUGGGCGAAAGAUCCUUAUGGGUUUGUCAUGCUUGCCCUCUGUCAGCCCCAUUUGCCUCCACAAAAUAUCAGGAAUGAUCUAUUUAUCCUUUCCCACUCUACUAAGCAAAAAAUUUUUUUUUUCAUACCUUCCUUCCGUAGGGUUGAUGAAUUGGGGCAGGGGGUGGGGCAUGGGGGGAGGAGGGGCAUGAUAUUGAAUGUGAGUAGUUAGUUAAUCAUACUCUGACUUUUAUUGCUUUUAACCUGAUAAAAGGAAUGUAACCAAGCAUUUGUUGUUGUUGAUUUGUUGUUGUUUUCAGAUUUGAAGGAACUUGAAUUAUUGGAUAAAGUACAGGACAAGUGUAGAUCUUGUGGUCAUUUGCUUGAAAAAUGGUAAGAUCAGCCCUAGGGGCUGGAAACAGACAACAGACCUACUAUGCCUAUACCAAGAUGUAAAAGUGGUAGUAAAAAGCCUAGUAUUCUUCCACAUUGAUAAUAAUCACAGGAGUUCCAUAUUUUAUUGAUCGUCAAAACAGGAAAGAUGCAGCAGAGAAAGAGGAGGUGCUGGGCAUGAUUCUACAGCAGUAUUCACAGGUACGGUAAAGACAAAAUAUAGUGAGGUAGACCUGUACUUGACCUUAUAUGUUGUUGCUGAUAUAAAGAGGAAGCUAAACUGACUUUGAAUGUUUCAGGCAGUUCUUGAUUUAACAUAUGUCAUAGAAUGUCGACUGGUUAAUGACGACUUUCCACAAGAUAGAAGUAAAGAAGAAAUUGGACAUGUUAUAGGUAACAAGAGACUGAACUAGAUAUAAAAUCUGUCAAAAUACAGAAAUCAUUUGAGUAUCGGUUAAAUAAGUGGAAGUUUGAUUAUUUAGUGCAUCCUCUUAUACCUCUGUUAUUUCUAUUAUGUACAGCAAAAACCACUGUUCCUCAAGUUUAACUCAAUAGACAAUUUUGGGUUUAUAUCUGUGGACUAUUUUAUUUUAACAUUUUUGUGUCUUGAUUAAGGUAGGCUAGACCAACCUCAGCAACUAGUGAAGGAAACUUUUGGACAAGAGGAUCAGGUAAAGGAAAUAAGUUACCCUUUAACUUAUAGUAUCCACAUCAAGUUAAUCAUUAGGUAGUCAAUGAACAAAAAUAAAAGCACCAAAGAAAAGUCAUGCCUGUUAAUUAUUAUUAUCAUUAUUAUUAUUCUAAAUCUGUCAUUAAUCCUUUUUAUUUUAGUCUUUGCUUUGAAUGAUAGGGGGUAUAGCUGAGUAAUAAGAGAAGAAAAAAAUAGAGAUGCACUGUGUACCAAAUUGGAUCAAGAAACAGAAAUAAGAACUCCAAAGUUGGAGCAGCAUUGGUAUACCUUUAUGUUUCCAAAAAUAAACCUCCAAUAUACCAUUAAAAUGGUUGGGGUAUUGAGGUUCAACAUGUUAUCGCUAAAACAUCAGAUACAAUACAGUCAAACUUGCUUUAUGUUAUUUAUCACAACCUGCUAAACCCUUGUAAGUUUCAUUACAGACUGUCACUGCCAAAAAUUGUGUUGUCAUGUUCAGGGAUCAUGCCAUUAUUCCCACAAAGUAGUAAAGUUAUGGGAAGAAGUUAGCUAAUUUCUGGUCAUGAUAAUACCUCAUAGGGUUUUAAUCAGUAAACUGCAAACUGUACAGUGGAGUGAGACCUACUGGUAGUUGAUCUAGCAAAGAAUAUGAACUUGGCAAUCCAGCCAUUGAACAACAUAGACCUCAAGCAAUGAGCUCCCAAAGACAGUACAAUAAUUGCAACACCCUUAUUACCUCCCAAUAACAAACUAUGUUUUAACUGUUUUAGGCCAUUCAAGUAUUAGGCACAGAUAUGGUGGAAUGUCUGUAUUGGAGGCGUGGUGCUCUGUGUUAUAUGUACUGCCAUACAGUUUUUAACAAUGCUCCAAGAGUGCAGCUCAGUGAAUGGGAUUUCAUUCAGGUAUGACUCUGCCUUGAGCUAAUGGCUUGCCUUGGUUAUAUUCUGGACCUGUCAUUUCCUGGGAGAAGUUAGGUUGAUUCACAUGGAGAGCUAUAAUUAUGCAGGUUUAAUUGAGUACCAUUGCUCCAUUUUCUAUAAAAUUGUUGAAUGUCUGUGAUUGGUAGUCAAUUAAUCAUUGAUCUUUUAGGAGACAGUGAGGAGCAAUCUAACAAGUUUUUUUUUCUUUGAAGGAGGUAAUCUUAAUGUUGAAUAACACCAACCAAUUCACUGCCAUGACAUCUUUUGUUUCACUUCUACCUUGCAGUGUGCUGAGUCAGGAGUUGUUUAUCUUGAGUCAAUGCUAAGUGUCCGUUCACCUCUUGUUGUGGACGAGUAUGAAAACACGAAGGACUCUGAAAUGGUGAAGUUUCUUCAAGAAGGUAGGUGGAGAUACAACAGGUAUGGUGCAACAGGAUCUAACUUGCAUGCUGUUAAAAAGAUCUAAGAAGGGCCAUUUUUUGUGAAAUUUAGCGAAGCCUCGCAGAUAGCACUGACUCAUGGAGACCACAGAUACCUCUGUUGCUUACUCAGCUGGAGAACAUCACUACCUUACAUGCUGCCGCCCCUUCUUACCUCUCUGGUCCCUCUGUGAUUCAGUCACUGGGUCCAAUUGAGUGAAACCUGUUUUGCUUUGUUUUAAUUCUACUGUCAAGGCUGCUGGAGCAUGUCUAUAGGGCGUGGUCACUUAAAGUAGUUUAUUUUUGCAGGUGUAUUUAGCGAUACCCACCUUCUUGCACUGAUGUACGCAGGUGAGCUGUGUUACUGGCAUUGGCAGAUAACAAAAGAAGAAAAAGACGCAACUUUGAGGAAAUUUGAUUCAGUGGCAAGUGGGAGGAAGUUUCUGAAAAAAUUUGUGAACAUUGUCAAGGGAAAUUUACAAGGACAACAAGGCUGGGACUGCUCCAGAGCUGAACAACUUCUCACUGAAUUUCCUGUAUCCUGAUGUUUGUAACCCGGCUACUUGCAUGUGAGGUCGAUGCUGUUAUGCCGGAACAUUAUCUUGUUGCCCUGUUAGAUUUUAAUAAAUGCUGAGGACAACAGCAGCGAUUAGAUCAAAUUCUUCACAACGCAAGGAAAGCUGAGAACACACCCAGCUGCACAAAAGAAAUCUUCUCGAUGAAUUGAUAAGAAUACAUAUGUACUUAGCUACCGCCCUGUAUUGUCACUAAUGCAAUUGUUGUUAAAGUCCCCGUUAGAAGAGUUAAUUUAGGACAAAUGUUAUCAGUAGGCAGCUUAAGCAGCAACGACGCCGACGGCAGUGACAACGUCCCUAAAAUAAUAAAUUUGAGUUCCUUUUAAACUUUAUCGCGUCUAUUUUAGACCCUCUCAAUUUCUCAAUCUCAAUGUUUCCUGAGGCGAGAUUCUCGGGAAACAAAAUUAAAUGCUUCCCUCGGGACCGGUCAUCAAGGGUUUAUUGUUUUGUUUUGUUUUUUGUUUUUUUACGUUGUCGUUGCAGUCGUCGUCUUGGAUGCCUUAGCUCCCUAUUUACUGUAUUAAAACUCGGAACAACAACAAUGUCUGCCGAGUUACAUUAGUAUGGUGUUGCCUGGAAUGAUAAUGCCAACACCAGGGAAAACUACAAUAAUAAUAGCAAUUUUCCGCCAAGGCAGUCCAAAAUAACUUUGUUAAAUAAUAAACUGGUUAAUUCAUCUUCCGCUUUAACAAUCAAAUA